GUCACACACCCCACACCACGGACCGUGGUGUCGGAGUGUCGCACCAGCCUUGAUGAGCUCUUGAUGUCAUUUAUUCAUCCUCGACAAGUUCGACAACGCUGUAUUUGACCAGAAUCUCUUUUACCGCCCUUACCUACCGCGGUCGAGCGCAAGUAAUCGAUCAUGAAGUUCCUCUUGUUCCUGCUGGUGCUGGCGCUAGUACUAGUACUGUCUGUGGCUGCGCUCGGUGGUCUUGGCGAGAGGAAGAAGAAUAUGGACCGAUUUGACCAUUCCGCCAUCAGAGUCAUUCGAAAUGCGUUGAGUGGCGGAAUGGGGGCUGUCCAGUACACAGGGCCACCCCAACCACUCCUUGUCAUUGGAGCUGGUUUACCCAGAACAGGCACUGCUAGUCUCAAAACAGCACUGGAAAUGUUGGGACUCAGAUGUCAUCACAUGAUGGAGGUGGUUGAGACAAAGGGGAAGAUAGAUUUUUGGCAUCAGCAUCUUGUGAAGAAAUCUAUUGGCUUUGACAAAGUCCUCAAAGACUUGGCCAAUGAUGGGUUCAAUGCCACUGUGGAUAUGCCGGCAGCAUUCAAAUACAAAGAACAAAUGAAACAAUAUCCGGAAGCUAAGGUUAUUCUUUCAAUCAGAAGUGAAGAAGGAGACAAGGCAGCAACAAAGUGGGCCAACAGCAUGGUGACUACUAUUCUCAAUGUUCCUGCAAUGUGCCGAGAUGUCCCUUUUCGUUGGGUAGCAAAAGUCAUCCAAGCUGCGGAAUAUUUCGAAGGUUCUUAUGGUGGUGUUGACCUUCCCAUGUACGAGCCUGAGAAACUACCUGCCUUCUAUGAUGCUUGGAAUGAGGAUGUCUUGAGAACUGUGAACCGAGAGAACCUUCUUGUGUUUCAAGCAAAGGAUGGGUGGAAGCCUCUCUGUGACUUUCUGGGGCCAGUCUCUGAAAUUGUUCAGGCCAACUGUCACAGUUUCAUUGCUUCCAAUGAGCCCUAUCCACGCACCAAUGACACUGCUAAUAUCCUGCGUGCAAUUUCAAAUGCCCGAAUGAUCAUUUGGGUUUCCAAAUCCAUGCCUGCAUUUUUGGCGGUUGCGAUUGCUUUGACGUGGAUGAUGAACCGGGACGGUUCUGCAAGGAAGAAGAGCGACUAAAUAAAUGAAGCAUCCUCUAGCUAGUCUGAGUUAGAAUAUGGGUGACAGGUCAGACUGCUGUGGGUCCUUGUGUUGCUCCGGAUUGGACGUUCAUUUUCCCCCGUGUUUGGGCUACAUGCGCCCUCCUCCUUCUGAUGUAGGGGCCUUUGGUCGAAUGCGACAAUACGUCUUUCUAAAAAUGCAUAAGGCAACUGACGUCAUUGAUGGUAAACCAUUUCUUUCCGUAGAGCGAGAUUCGGUGGUCGCUGCAUGAUGGGGAGUUGAUGUGCACCUGCACCAUACCGCACCUCCUCACAAACCUCAUAUCCUCCUCCAUCUUGUACAGCUGUGUGUACGAUUGAAUCACCUUGUGCGACAUGUGCCCAAACCAAAACGAUCCGAUCCAAGAAAUCUCCCUUCAGUUGUGAACUCCAGUCAACUCAUGUCAGGAGGAGAGAUUAGAUGCGGAAGUCCCCAAUAUGGGUGACGAUGCUGUGGGGAUAGUAGUGUGAAACUGAAAUGCGCCCGUCCAACACCCAGACGAGACACUGACUCUGUGGUCACCAGGAGGGACAUAAAAUUCUUGGGGCUGCCUGCUAUUGGCGCCUGCCCAGUCUGAAGAAGACGAGGUGUCGUUUGUGUUUCCUGGAUAGAUCAAUGCACCCACCCGCAUUCACGUGUACUCUCGGACCACCGAAGAAAUAGCAAAUGGCAUUGAAAGGUUCUUCGCCAGAAGAGCGAAGACGGCAUGGUAAGAAUGAUCAAUCAAUCAUAAAGAUAGUUCAUUGCCCCGAUCAUACCGGUAGGGCCCUCUUCUCUAAGCCUGGUUUUGUCCCCGCCAUCGUCGCCAUGGAUUUCUUCGCUGGAAACAGAAC